UUUUGUACGACCAUCGAGAGCUGAGGUCAUUGUGUACCGCCUCUCCCCUUGUCUACCUGAUCACAUCACAAUACAACCCACCAGUGACUGGUCAAGUUAGCCCGGCCUCACCUGAACAGCCUCGAGACCUUCCAUCUUAGUGUUCAUUCUACAGACUGGCUCCGAUUAUGGUUGCGACAUUUUCGCCGCACCGCGAUGCGGGUGGCACACUACACCUACCCUCGCACACGAGCAUUCACCAUAUGGAUGCGAACUCGGCCAUCCGACAACUGCGUCGGUCAUUGUCCCGCUCGCCGUCGAAGAGUUCUAACUUCUCAUUGCUUGCUUCUCGGAACCACUCGCCGUCUAAAACAACACCAUACAUCUCGUCUCCCUUGUCACCUUCACGAAGAUCCACUCAGAGCAACUUCGUGCUUUUCCCUAGCUCUUCUCAUCAGUCUCCAUUCGCAGUCCCGUAUCACCCAAGUGGCAAAAUUACGAGGCCAACGAUGCGCCGUGUGCGGACGUCUCCGAGGAGCCCCGUCAAGCGUGCUCUAAACAUAUCUACAGAUCAAGGCAAUGCAAAGCCUGCGCAGUCAACCCCAACAAUACCAGGCGUGGAGAACACACCCACAACACCUGGCCUUAUUCAAUCCGACAACGUGGCUGGAGAGACUUGUCCAACUGACACACCCGCGUGCACGGAACCUACCUUAGGGCCCCGCCCCGCCCUCUCUCGAAUCGAGAAGCGGCGGAGUGGAACGUUCGGCUCAUAUGCCACGGUUAGCCCGCUGAAACGAAGCGAUGGGAUUAUGAAUCUAGAUCGGGUGUCUCGCGGCAGUCCAUCGGCGAAGAGGCGAAGCGUCCAUGCGGCAAACUUGACGGGCGAGUUCAGCAUAUUCGACAACGAAGUCCCACCGAACGCUGCCGAUGAGUCUCCAGUCGAGACCUCCCCAGAGACUACCACGCCCUCCUUCCCUACCACAAACACCUCGUUCAGCCCGUUUGCCACCAUUCCCAAACGAUCCUCUUCUCUACGAAGGUCCACUCUCCAACAGCGCCAGAGUGACCGCUCCCUUUUUGCCCGGGCGAAGGCCAUGGACGAUACGUCCGAGUUCACAGACAGUGGAACCCCUCUCACUAUUGGACCUCGCAUGCCUCUGGAUCACAGUCUUUUCCAGCCAAGCCGGGACAGCCCAUUCGUAUCACGCCCAUCGCCUGGUAGCCCAUUGUUUGCGUCGACAAUGAACAAUGCCGAACACUCCCGUCCAGCUGCCCACCCCCUGUCCAGAACAAUCACGCAGUCCUCCUCUAGUUCAAGCCUUGCAGACGACUCCCCUACCCAUGAACCCAUUCACAAGGGUGAUCGUCCAAGAGGGAUCUUCAACUUCUCCAAAUCUCUUCCUGCGGGGACCGCUCGGCCUGCCCCAGUGCGGCAUCUCAACCGCGAGGAUUCGACAUCUUCCAUCGACUCCUUCGCCACUCCAGAGAACUACAAACUAGUCAAGCCUCUCCCAGCAGCAUUCAUGUCGACCGGUCUUAUAUCUAAGAAAAACCGCAACGCCGAAGAUUCUCAGAAUACGCUAGGAUUUAGCAAAAAUAUGCCCGAUACCCCAUGCAAACGGCCCAUUAACCUCUUCCCCACGGCCGGAAGAAUCCCGCCAGAGCGGCCCUUGGAAAUGUCAGGUUUAGUUCGACAGUCGGACACGAUACCCCCGUCGCCCUUCAAUCCUCCUAGCACGCGCCCCAAAUCCGGUCCCUUUGCACGAGGCAUGGGCAUCUUUGGAAGCUCUUUCAACCGGCCCGAGGUCUCUCGACGCGGCAGCUUUGCUAGUAUUGAUGGCGAUGAAGUGUUACCUUCGCAAUCGCCCUGUGGCCGCCACAAUAGUCAACCACUGAGCGAAUGUGACUUUCCACCAACUCCCACGAAGCAAACCUUUUUCCCUUCUCGAACUUAUCCGCCGCAGGUCUCGCAGAUUGCCUCUCUUGAGAGAUUGGCGGAGGCCAAGGGCACCACUUCAAGUCCCUUACACGACAGGUUCCAACGUGGCUCUCCACGCACGCCUCAAGACCAUUUCUUUCCCGACCCUAGUGGCCUUUCAAUCUCCAACGAUCAGCAGUCAAUUAAGCCCGAUUUCAAUUCUAACUUGCCAGCAACUCCCACUGGCCCUCGUGACUCUUUCCAAUCUGGAAAACGGCCUAGUCUUCCGUUGGCCGGAUAUCAUGCGCCAGAUGUCGAUCCCAGUUUGACUUCACGAUUUGAACGGGUCGAGCUUGUUGGCACUGGUGAAUUUUCGCAAGUCUACCGUGUUGCUGAGCCCCAUGAAUCAUCAAUGCCGUCCCUAUUCUCUGGCAAACUGUAUUCUCCCAAAGUGCAACCGGAACAGGUCUGGGCUGUCAAGAAGUCAAAGCAGCCAUAUUCGGGGCUCAAGGACCGCGAACGCCGCAUUCGUGAGGUAGACAUACUCAAGUCGCUUACAAACUUGGACCACGUCAUUUCUUUCAUGAACAGUUGGGAGGACAAUGGCCACCUCUACAUUCAGACGGAAUUUUGCGAGGAAGGUAGCCUGGAUGUCUUCCUUGCACAAGUUGGGCUCAAGGCAAGGCUAGACGAUUUUCGGAUCUGGAAGAUUUUGUUGGAGCUAUCGAUGGGUUUAAAACAUAUCCAUGACAUGGGCUUCAUCCACCUCGAUCUCAAGCCAGCCAACAUUCUGAUCACUUUCGAGGGUGUACUUAAGAUUGCUGAUUUCGGCAUGGCUGCACGCUGGCCAGCAGAAGACGGAAUCGAAGGUGAAGGAGACCGGGAAUAUAUUGGACCAGAGAUCCUGAUGGGCCGCUUUGACAAACCAGCGGACAUAUUCUCGCUAGGUCUCAUCAUGUUCGAGAUUGCCGGGAAUGUUGAGCUGCCUGACAAUGGUCUUUCAUGGCAAAAGCUCCGCAAUGGAGACAUGAGCGAUAUUCCCAGCCUGACUUGGAGCUUCGAGACCAGCAUUUUCCGCGAUGCGUCCGGUAACCCCGUCUCGGAAGAACCAUCGUUCGAAGAGCUAUGUGCCUCGGACUUUGGAGAUGAUGAUUUCGGGACGGAUAGUUUCCUUGGAGUUCGCUCAUUCAGCAAGCGGAAUCCGACCUCUCUGGCCCAGAUCGGAGAGCUCGUCGAUCCUCCUAGCUUCAUGGUCGACGCUGGUCACGACCAGGCUUUGGACAAGGUCGUGCGAUGGAUGAUCUCCCCCGAACCGCUCGAUCGGCCCACUGCAGACCAAGUGCUAGAAACGUUCGGGGUCCAAUUUGUUGCCCGUCGGCGUCGGGCCGGGGCCACCGUCUAUGAAGGCAACUGGGGUCCUGCCGAUGAGGUUCUAGCGGAAGACGCCGAGAUGAUCGAUGUUUAAUCACCACGACUUACCAUAUCUAGUGCAUUUGGACGGAGUUGGCGCUUUCCUUUACAAUACCAUCUAAUGACGGCGUUUAUGCGGAGAUCCGAACUUUUGAUAUUAAUGCUCCUUUACUCUCGAUGACCUUGAUGUGAUCGGGAUGAUUUUACCGACCAUCCUUC